AUGAGGGACCGUGGGGCGCGUGCCUCCCCGCCGAGGAGCCGGGAUCCCGCGCGCCGCGCGCCAUGGAAGCAGCUAACCUCUUCGGUGGCCUCCACCGGGGUCGCCCUUCGCCUGGGACCCGAAGCCUAGAGCAGCAGCCCAAGCCCCGGCGGGGUCGUCCAGUUGACCCCAGGCGGCGCCGCCCUGCCUGGUCGAGAGCCGCCCUUCUCUGUCUUCACGGCGCUGGUGGUGACGCAGCUGGUGCUGCUGGUCGCGGCCACUUUCCUGUGGAACCUGCUGGUCUUGGUCACCAUCCUGCGCGUCCGCGCCCUCCACCGUGUGCCGCAUAACGUGGUGGCCUCGACGGCCGUGUCGGACGUGCUCGUGGCAGCGCUGGUGAUGCCCCUGAGCCUAGUGAGCGACCGGGCCGGGCGACGGUGGCGGCUGGGCCGGAGCUUGUGCCACGUGUGGAUCUCCUUCGACGUGCUGCGCUGCCCCGCCAGCAUCUGGAACGUGGCGGCCAUCGCCCUGGCCCGAUACUGGACCAUCACGCGCCACCUGCCGUACACGCCGCGCACCCGCCGCCGAGCCUCGGUGCUCCUGAUCGCGCUCACCUGGGCCCUCUCCGCGCUCAUCGCCCUCGCGCCGCUGCUCUUCGGCUGGGGCGAGGCGAACGACGCUCGGCUCCAGCGCUACUAGGUGAGCCAGGAACCCUCCUACGCCGUCUUCUCCACCUGUGGCGCCUUCUACCUGCCUCUGGGCGUGGUGCUAUCUGUCUACUGGAAGAUAUACAAGGCGGCCAAGUUUCGCGUCGGUCGCCGCCGCAGGGCUGUGCUGCUGUUGCCCGCCACCGUGCAGGUGAAGGAGGCCCCUCACGAGGCUGAGAUGGUGUUCACGGGGGUGGCCUUUCAGAUGAACAGAGCCUCGUGGCGGAAGCAUGAGGAGAAGCGGGCAGCCGUGAUGGUGGGCGUUCUCAUCGGCGUGUUCGUGCUGUGCUGCAGCCCCUUCUUCCUGACGGAGUUCAUCAGCCCCCUCUGUGCCUGCAGCCUGCCCCGCAUCUGGAAAAGCGUAUUCCUGUGGCUUGGCUACUCCAACUCUUUCUUCAAUCCCCUGAUUUACACGGCAUUGAACAAGAACUACAACAAUGCCUUCAGGAAACUUCUCACCAAGCAGAGAUAA